AUGAUGAACUCCUUCUGCUUCCUGGUCGUGGCUGGUGCCUACAUCAAACUCUACUGUGACCUGCCGCGGGGAGACUUUGAGGCCGUGUGGGACUGCGCCAUGGUGAGGCACGUGGCCUGGCUCAUCUUCGCAGAUGGGCUUCUGUACUGUCCCGUGGCCUUCCUCAGCUUCGCCUCCAUGCUGGGCCUCUUCCCUGUCACUCCCGAGGCUGUCAAGUCUGUCCUGCUUGUGGUGCUGCCCCUGCCGGCCUGCCUCAAUCCACUGCUCUACCUGCUCUUCAACCCCCACUUCCGGGAUGAUCUCCGGCGGCUCUGGCCCCGCACAGGGGCCCCGGGGCCUCUAGCCUACGCUGCUGCCAGUGAGCUGGAGAAGAGCUCCUGUGACUCCACCCAGGCCCUGGUGGCCUUCUCUGAUGUGGAUCUCAUUCUGGAAGCUUCUGAGGCUGGGCAGCCCCCUGGGUUGGAGACCUAUGGCUUUCCCCCAGUGACCCUCAUCUCCUGUCAGCAGCCAGGGGCCACCAGGCUGGAGGGCAGUCGUUUUGUAGAGCCAGAGGGGACCCACUUUGGGAACCCACAACCCUCCAUGGAUGGAGAACUGCUGCUGAGGGCAGAGAGAGCCACGUCAGCCUGCGGGGGCUCGUCGGUGGGCGGGUGCUUCCGGCCCUCUGGCUCAGCCUUUGCCUCACACUUAUAAAUGUCCCUGCCCACUCUUCUCUUCCCAUUUCUUCCCUUCCCUCUCUCUUCACUCCUUGAAUGAUGGCUGCUUACAAAAUAAACAUAACCAAAACCCAGCAGUGUGAUCCAUAGCA